AUGGGGAGCUGUUUCUCCGUCGAGACGCGAGUGGUGGGCGAGAAACAACCUUCUAAAGCAGCGGACCAGACGCAAUUCCAGCAGAAUCAGCAGCAGCUGCAGCAGCAGAAGCAGCAGCAGCAACAGUUGAAUCCGGGAGUCGAAUCCAACGAUAGCAUUUCCCAGGGCCCGGAUCUCGCCGAGCCAACUCCGAACCACCCAGGCGCUGUAAACCCCCCUGCAUCUUCCCCCUCCGCCGCCUCCGCUCCUGCUAUGGAUUACAAGGGCAUAAGGAAUGGAUGGUAUGGUACUACCUGCCCCUCGCUCCCAUUGCCCCUCUUACCCCUCUUGGUCCCCUUCCUCCUCCCCUUCCUCCUCCUCUUCCCCUUCUUCCUCCUCUUCCUCCUCUUCCUCCUCUUCCCCUUCUUCCUCCUCUUCCUCCUCUUCCUGCUGCACAUGCCUCUACCCCCCAGUCCCUUCCAACCGAUUCGCUCCCGCAAACCUUCCGCUCACUAUUCCAACAUGCUCAGUACGCUACGCUGCCUCUCCUCUCGUCCUUCUCUGCACAGCCCCCCACUCUCUCCUGUUCCCUCUCCAUUUCCCCCAUUCACUUCCCCUCCCUCUCACUACGCGCCCCACACACAUCCCCCUGAAGGGCGGAGCCCCAACCUGGCGGAGGUGAACAUGCUGGGCACGCUGCGCCACCCCAACCUGGUGACGCUCAUAGGCUACUGCAUGGAGGGGGGUUCGCGCCUGCUCGUGUACGAGCUCAUGGACCGCGGCUCGCUCGACCACUACCUCUUCUCAGACGUGGGCAGCCCGUUGCCGUGGGGGCUGCGCAUGCGUAUAGCGCUGGGCGUGGCGCAGUGUCUGGUGUACCUGCACGAGAACCCCCACCGCCCCAUCAUUUACCGCGACCUUAAAGCCGCCAACGUGCUGCUUGAUAAGGAUUUCAACCCGAAGCUGGCAGACUUUGGGCUGGCGAAAGACGGCCCGGUGGGGGAUAAGACGCACGUGACCACGCAAGUGGUGGGCACGUAUGGGUAUGCCGACCCCGACUACCUCUUCACUGGCCACUUAACCCCCAAGAGCGAUGUGUACGGCUUUGGAGUGCUGCUUCUGGAGCUUCUAUCAGGCCGGCAAGCCAGCGACUUUCCCACAGACGAGGAAGACGAGUCGAGGAAGCAAAGCAGGAACCGGGGCAACAGCGAGGUGAUGGAUGCCGAAGCUGGAGACGAGGACGAGGAGGAGGAGGACGAGGGGGACUUGUUGGAAUGGGCCGAGCCUAUGCUGGCGGAUCGGAAGCGGGUGGAGGAGGUGAUGGACCCGAGGCUCGGGAGGGAGUGGCCGGCGCGGGGCGUGCAGAAGGCGGCGCUGUUAGUGUUGCAUUGCACGGCCAGGAACCCGUAUGAGCGCCCGAUGAUGAGCAGCGUGGUGAAGACGCUGAGAGUGAUGCAGCAGGGGUACACGUGGCCGCCGCCUGCUGCUUCGGGGGAAGCUGCUGCUGGUGGUGGUGCUGCGACCACGCCCCGGACACCCAGAACGCCCACUUGA